ACGCUGAUCCUUGCAAUUUGCUUAUGACUACGCCUGAAACGACAAACAACACUAUUACUCUACAAUGGUCUAUCACUCCGGAUAAAUUUGGUGAAGUCGAUAACUUUUAUUUUGUCAUCAUUGAAGUUUUUCAAACAGAUGCUAACCUUAUAAAAAGAUAUACACAAGAACGCAACAACAGCUUAAAUAACACCAUUGCUGUCAAAAAUCUAACGGCUGGAACGAACUACACUUUCAGAUAUUUUCUGGAAUCAAAAAUCGGCGUUCCAAGCAUGAAAACUGCCAUCAAGUCUUCAUUUACCCGACCAAGUCCGCCUUCCUCAAUAACAAUUCCAAAGGAACUAGUGUUUGAAAAAAAUUUUACUGUAACAUAUAAAGUUUUUGAUGACUUGUACGACUUUUUUCGACUCAUUAUUUGCAAUGUGACAUGUAAAAAUUAUACCCAGCAGAAGAAUACAAUGAACAUGACUAUCGGCAAGCUUAAAAGUGCAACAUAUUAUAACGUUAUGCUUUAUACUGUAAAGAAUACAUCUAAACAUGAACUGCUCAGUGAAUUCCCGGUAAAAGGGAAUUCUUAUUCAGCUCCAAAUAAGCCCAUUGCAGUUCUUAGUCAGACGAAUUUCACAAUGGUUACUAUAGAUCUUUCCGAAAAUAACAAAAGUUUAUUUGAUUCAUACGAAAUAACGUACAAGAACGAUAAUGUGGGAAAAGAAGAACCAAUUACGCGUAAUCGCACUGAUCUGAAAGCAGUUAUACCAAAUCUUACACCAGGAACGUCCUACGAAUUUAAGGUGUACACUGUUCUAACUGGAAUAAAGAGUGAAAAUUUUACAACAAUUAAAACAUUUACACGUCCUGAAAAUGUACAAAAUGUAUGUGUUGCUGGGGCGACUACAACCUCUAUACGAAUUAAAUGGGAAAAACCAGCUAAAGGAGAUGCUGAUAGUUACGAGGUUAACUUCACAUGUAAGAGUCCAAAUGAAAAUAGGAAUAUUGAACCUUACUCAUUUAAUAAAACGAAUCUAGAAUCCACAGUUACAGGCAUUGAUCCCGGAAGUCAUUGUAAUGUCUGUAUAACUACUCAUAUCGGAUCUCAGAUUGGCUGUCCUCUUUAUAUUGAAUUGAACGAAACAUCAAAAGAAACAGCUCCAAAUAAUCCUGUGAUAUCAUACCUUAAGCCGGGAAAACGUUCAUUAAAUAUCUCCUGGAAUAAGCCUACCAAACCAAACGGAUUCGUUAGGAAAUACCAAUUGCUUGUUGUUGAUAAAACGUUAGACUGCCUUAAAGCAAAUCAUACAUACUGUUUAUCAAGCAUAUGUGUUGAUGACGAAGACGAGUAUCAGGAAGUAAGCUUAGGCGACCUCAAAAAGUGCAAUGGGGCACAGUAUAAUAUGAAAGUUGUUCCUAACUUACCAAGAGCAGACGUGGUUGAACAAUUGCAUCCUUACAGACAGUACAAUGUCACUGUCAGAGCAUACACAAAAUGCUGGGGCAGCUUUACAUGGUUAAACAAUGAAACAGAAAGCGAUGUUCCUUCAGCAGCUCCAACUAUAAACACACUUAUUCCUACUGAGGUAGGCUUUAAUAUUUCGAUGGUUCCCCCUGACGAGGAUGAUAGAAAUGGUGUUAUCACCAAUUAUACAAUAAGAUAUACAUGGAUAAAUAAUACAUGCUGGGAUUCUCAUGACGACAAGAAUACAACCUGGGCGAAUGAAACUGAAGGAAGUAUGACUCAAUUUGUAGUUCAGAAUUUAUUACCGUACAGAAACUAUUCGUUUAGUAUUGCCGCUAACACUGAAAAAGGUGUAGGUAACUACUCUUUUAGGGAAGAAAGUCAAACAGAUAUUGCUAAGCCUCAUCCACCAAGGAAUCCAAAAGCAAAGAAUAUUAGUUCCACAAGCAUUGGCAUUACAUGGACCCGGCCCGAUUUGUUCACUGGUCCGACCCGUUACUUUGUUAUACCGGUCGAUGUCAAAAACAACAAUAAAAAACUUAAUUGUUGCGAAGUAACUGGCUUUGAAGCAAACACAUGCACUUUGAAGGGUCUAGACGAGUAUUGGACAUAUUCAAUCACAGUUACUGCACAAACGGAUCGCGGAAACACAUCAUCUGUAAAAUUUAAUGUGUCGACGUCAGAAAACAUUCCUUCAGCAGCUCCAACUAUAAAAACACUUAUUCCUACUGAGGUAGGCUUUAAUAUUUCAAUGGUUCCUCCUGGCGAGGAAGAUAGAAAUGGUGUAAUCACCAAUUAUACAAUCAGAUAUACAUGGAUAAAUAAUACAUGCUGGGAUUCUCUUGACGGUGAAAUUGUUGAGGAAACGAUAUAUACCAACGGCAGGUCUGAAUAUGAAGUGUCAAUACCUGGUGUCGUUAGAAACCUAACAAUAAUCACAACUUCUAGUAAUGCAAGCCUUACAUGGGUAACUCCGUGUGAAACAAAUGGAAUUAUUACUAUGUAUUCAAUCAAUACAACUAAUAUAGACAAGAAUACAACCUGGGCGAAUGAAACUGAAGGAAGUAUGACUCAAUUUGUAGUUCAGAAUUUAUUACCGUACAGAAACUAUUCGUUUAGUAUUGCCGCUAACACUGAAAAAGGUGUAGGUAACUACUCUUUUAGGGAAGAAAGUCAAACAGAUAUUGCUAAGCCUCAUCCACCAAGGAAUCCAAAAGCAAAGAAUAUUAGUUCCACAAGCAUUGGCAUUACAUGGACCCGGCCCGAUUUGUUCACUGGUCCGACCCGUUACUUUGUUAUACCGGUCGAUGUCAAAAACAACAAUAAAAAACUUAAUUGUUGCGAAGUAACUGGCUUUGAAGCAAACACAUGCACUUUGAAGAGUCUAGACGAGUAUUGGACAUAUUCAAUCACAGUUACUGCACAAACGGAUCGCGGAAACACAUCAUCUGUAAAAUUUAAUGUGUCGACGUCAGAAAACA